GGCCUAAUGGUGGUAGUGACGAUAGGCUUGCUGGUGAUGAUUCUCAGCAUCAAGCUGAUACGGCAGCUGACGGACGAAGAAUAAUCUACAUGUUAUGCGAGAUAAAUACUCGGCUUUUUCUUUUAUUGUGGCUUUUAUGCUUUUUAUUGCCCAUGUUUUCUUUUUUUCGACCUCACCCUUGACGCACUUUCCGACGGCACGAAUGACACACGAUAAUACGACCUUGAAUUCUGAUCUCACGACGAUAAUGAGCAAAAUCAAUCAACUUCCCCUAUCACACACUCUUCGCAAUACAACUCGCUGUUUGUCUAUCCUCCUUUCAUCGCACUUGUACAUUCGCCCUGUUUGCAUCACGUCGGUUCUUGGUUCUCGUCAUGUAUAAAAGACGAUUCUUCCAUAUUUUAUUUUCUUCUUCUAUUGGGAUGGUAUGGUUGCGGUGGGAUCUGGGAAAUGGAACCUUUCACGUGGAAUACUUCGUUUGGAUUUGUCAACGAUUGAUUGACAGAAUGAAUGGCUUUUGUUUCAUGGUCA